AGAUGCAUGUACGGAGACAGCAGAGCUAUCUUCCCUUUGAGCUACAGGGCAGAGAAAUGAUCGUUCAGCAAAGUCCUUUGGCUGCUUUUGUAGUAAUCCCUUCUGUGCUUCAGUGACAGCAACGUAUUUGCAGGGGAGAAUCCAGGAAGCUACGCCCAGAGUCCCAGAGACCUUGAAGAAGACAAGAGCAACUGCAGAAGAUGACAAAUGAUGCUGUUGCUCUGUAGUCUCAUGGGGACAAAGACAAGGUGAUUCACGGCUCAGAAGGAAACUUUGGAUGAGGUCUCUUGCCUGCCACUGUUGUGCCCUGGCACCCUGGGUAAUUUUAACACAAAUCCAAGGGUCAGCCAAGCCACUUGUGUCAAAAGAAGACAGACAUGGUCCUGGAGCAAGAUGAACAUAACCCAAAUGCUACCAUCAAUCUCAACUUUGCUGCAAUCUACAAUCUCCAUGAUGGAGAUUUAACCUCCAUGCGAAAUUUCUCCUUCCCUUUCAAUUUCAGUUACAGUGAUUAUGACCUGCCGCUGGACAGCGAGGAUGACAUGACCAAAACUCGCACCUUCUUUGCAGCCAAGAUUGUGAUCGGGGUGGCUCUUGUUGGCAUCAUGCUGGUCUGUGGCAUCGGCAACUUCAUCUUCAUCGCUGCCCUUGCCCGCUACAAGAAGCUGCGAAACCUCACCAAUCUGCUGAUUGCCAACCUGGCAAUCUCAGACUUCAUUGUUGCCAUCGUGUGCUGCCCCUUUGAGAUGGACUACUAUGUGGUACGGCAGCUGUCUUGGGAGCACGGCCAUGUCCUCUGUGCCUCAGUCAACUACCUACGGACUGUCUCUCUCUAUGUUUCUACUAACGCUCUCCUGGCUAUCGCUGUUGACAGGUACCUGGCCAUUGUUCACCCACUGAAACCACGCAUGAAUUAUCAAACAGCAACCAUCCUGAUUGCCUUGGUCUGGAUCGUCUCCAUACUUGUAGCUAUUCCAUCCGCUUACUUCGCUACUGAAACUGUAUUAUUCAUAGUAAAAAACCAGGAGAAAAUUUUCUGUGGUCAAAUUUGGCCCGUUGACCAACAGAUGUACUACAAAUCCUACUUCCUGUUCAUCUUUGGCAUUGAAUUUGUUGCACCUGUGAUUACGAUGACCUUAUGUUAUGCCAGAAUCUCUCGAGAGCUUUGGUUUAAAACCGUACCAGGAUUUCAGACAGAACAAAUCAGGAAGAGGCUUCGAUGCAGAAGAAAAACUGUAAUGGUACUGAUGUGCAUCUUGACUGCCUAUGUUCUCUGCUGGGCACCCUUCUAUGGCUUCACCAUUGUCCGUGACUUUUUCCCCACAAUUUUUGUGAAAGAGAAGCAUUAUCUUACCGCUUUUUACAUAGUUGAAUGCAUUGCUAUGAGUAACAGCAUGAUAAACACAAUGUGUUUUGUAACUGUGAAAAAUAACACCAUGAAGUACUUCAAGAAGAUCAUGUUGCUCAGAUGGAGAUCAACAUACCAUGGAAGUAAAUCUAGUACAGACUUAGAUCUCAGAACAAGUGCAAUGCCAGUCACAGAAGAGGUAGACUGCAUAAAACUGAAGUAAGUUUUAGGUGGUUCUAAUCUCAUAUUUUGGAGGGGGGCAGGAAAGAGGAAAUAGUACCACCUCAAAAGAUUCCCUCUUUUGUUCAUACAAACACCCACUGUUGAGAGGCCUGAAGAAGCAGCAUUCUAUGGUUUUCCACUAGAAUCCUUCUACUGGACUGCUGCAUAAUCCCAUAGUUCAGACUGAUGCUGUGCGUCAGUUUACCCAUCUGUAAAUUUGGAAUGUAGGCACUUGUUUUAGAGCUCUUUAAAACUGAUAGAGAACAACAACAACAACAAAAUCAGUGAAUGCAUUAAAGCAUAUUUCAAAGACAGAAGAGUUGACCAUUGCUCCUAGCCAUGAUGUCUCUUCGUGUCUUCUGAACAGAAAUAUUUUACUCUCUUUGAGCUUAUUGUUCUUAUCUUUAAGCUGCUGGGUGUCCUUUUCCUUCUGCUCCCUCAUGGGCAAGAUAGGAAGGAUAGCAAAAAAGCCCAUUUUGAUUCAUGUCACUCUUUACUCUCAGUUUACUUCUCAUGAAGAAGCUCCUUGAAGCCUACAGACCACCAGCUUCAGUUCUCCAAUGUGCAGCAUGCUCUUAUGAAAGGCACGUUCUCUACAAAGUUUACAGAGCUGAAUACUGCUUCUCAGUCUAGUAAAAACCUGAAGCCUCUUCAUGUGCUAUCUUGUUUAAGAAUAUGUUAUCAGCAUUCCACCCUGUAUUUUUUUGUAGUGUGUUACUCAGUUUAUUAAGUAUUUGGAAAUUAAAGAGGGACAGUUUCCUUCUCUCACUUCCAGGCACCCUCUGGCCAGCUGUUGCUGCCUUGAGUCACUGAGCACUUCACAGAAUCACAGACUCAAUAACAAAACUGUGGGGGUGGUGAACAAUGUCUCCAGAUUAUCUAGGCCACCCUCAGUUUGAGCAGGUUGCCCAGCCUUGUGUUCCAUUGAGCUUUAACUUACUCAAAGGAUAGAGACUCCAUAGCGUCUGCAGGCAACCUCUGCCAGUUUUCAGUCCUCACAGUACAAUUGUUUCCUUUUAUGAUGAAAUUUCAUGUGUUUCAAUUUGUGCUCAUAGGACUUGUCCUGUUUUUCAGUGGUACACAUCGCAAAGAAGAGCAAGUUGGUGGGAAAAAGUCCACCCUGCUGAACCACACCCUAGACAGCUUAUCCAGUCUGCGUACAUCUUCAAAAUAAAAUACAAGUAGGGCCAGAAUUACAAGGAUUUUGAGGUGAUGUGUCCUGCAAGCAAUGGAGACAGACUUUGGUUUAAUCAAGCUGGUCAGUGUUUGAGUUGAGUAGCUCAUUGUCUGGUCAAACAUGAAGCAACAACUCGAGACAAAUUCUGCAUUGUCUCCCACAACGCUAUUUUUACUACUCUCAUUUUGUGCAAUUCCACGACGAGCAUUUCUUAACUGGAAAUUGUGAUAAAACAGGUGACAAUAGCAGUAAGGCACAUAACUACACAUAAAAUGCCAUGGACUAUCGUGUAUUGAAAUCAAGUCUUUUCUAUUGUGACAACAAACGCUUCCUGUUUUAAAGUAUGUGGCAGCACCCACUUUUGGAGUAAAUGGCUUUUGUAAAUAAUUUGUUUACUUGUGAAUAUUAAGUGAGCAGCAAACCUUGCUAAUAAAACAGUAAACACAGA